GGAAAAAAAGACUGCAUUUCCCAGCAACCCCUGCGCAGCUAUGUUGUGUUGGAUUCGUCCCUGUCUCUGACAGAGUAAAGGAUUUCGAAAGAUGAGCAGAGGCAAACCAGAUGAAGACGAUUACUGGAACAGUAAGAAAAUCGAAGCAUUUACAUUUGAUGAUGAAGAUGAUGAGUUUACGAAGCUAAAGGAGUCCAAGAAGGCUGUGAAUAGCAUCUGCCUGCUAGAUGAAGAAGAAGAUGAUGAUGUAGAAAAGGUCAGCUGGAGUGGAGAACCUAUUGGGAGCAUAUCAUGGUCCAUCAAAGAGACAGCAACCAGCACCCGCUCCACGGGGGAGGCGCGGGAGCAAGGAUUCCCAAAGAUCGACACAGCCCCUUCGCUUCCAAAACAGGGCUCUGGUUACUCCCUGAGCUCAUUAUUCAAAGCAAAGAGCCGGACAGCUGGGUUCUCAUCGUUCUCAGAAUCUGUCUCUGAGACAUCCACAAGGGUCUAUGCCCCAGAGCUACGAAAGCCCAAGGCAGAGUAUAAGGAUUAUGUUAGUGACUGGAACCCCGAGGAGACUGUGCGGAGGAUGCAGCGAGGGAAGGUGUGCUCGUUCGAGAGAUUCCGUUCCCUGCAGGACAAAAUGCUGCUGCUGGACGAGGCUGUGAGCGCCCAUGAUGGCAACGUCAUAACAGCUGUCUUGAUAUUCUUGAAACGUUCGCUAAGUAAAGAGAUUCUCUUCCGUGAGUUAACGGAGAGGGAGACAGCGUUGAGGCACUACGUGCAUUACCUGAAAGAGAUGGGCGAGCAACGACUGCUGCUUGAUCUACUCAAGUCCCUUGGCAGAACAGAGGACAUGGCUCUUAUGCACUACAAGGAACACCUUAGCAUUAAAGAUGAGAACCGGCGGAGAGAUUUCCUGAAAAACUGCCUUAAUCUUCCUUUCUCUCCUGAUGACUCCACUCAUGUACAAGACCACUACACUCUUCUGGAGAGGCAGAUCAUCAUAGAGGCAAAUGACAAAAAGGGAGAUUCUGAUAUAUUUAGGAAGUACCCCAGAAAAGCCUCCAUUUUGAAUAUGCCCAUGAUUACCACACUGUACUAUUCCUGUUUUUAUCACUACGGAGAAUCGGAGGGCACCUACAGCAGCCCAGCCAACAUUAGGAAGACAUUCAGGAUCUCUGACAAGCAGUAUAUCCUAACUGCACUUGGCGCCCGGGCAAAACUUAAGUCGUGGUUCGACGUUGACAGUUUGUUUAACUCCAAAAACUGGCUCGGCUACACCAAGAAAAGGUCUCCCAUCGGCUUUCACAGAGUGGUGGACAUCUUACACAAGAACAGUGCGCCAGUAACGGUCCUGCAGGAGUAUCUAUGUCUGGUGGACGACACCGAGCUGAAGAUCAGCCUCGCUCAGAAGUACAAGUGCCACGACGUCAUCAUCAACACGUAUAAGGAUCUGAAGGACCGGCAGCAGCUGAUUGCACACAAGGGGAAGGUGGAGAGAGGCUCUCCAGAAGACCGCGUCAUUGAGGAGCUCCUCAACAACUCGCAAAUUCGGUGGAAAAACUGAAUCCCUUGGGGGGAAGUCCUGAGACACUAGUCUACAGAGAGUUCAUUUAAAAAAAACACUGCAUCUAGAAUUCCCUCUUGCGGGGCAAACCAAGCCAGUGACCAAUUCCAGUGGGCACAUGCAAGUUGAGUUCAGCCUUUAUGUCCAUGCUGUGUAUGAGCCAAAUGGUUUUUUUUUUUUUUUUGUAUUUAUUUUCAUUUUGAAUAUUUUCUGUUGUUUAUUUGUUUGGCUGCUUCAAUCGUGUAAUCAGCAUGUCUUCUGGCCAAUCCGCAGUGUAAGCAGGAGGUGCUAACUGUUGUCAUUCCUCACAAUCAACCCCCCCUUUUAUGUCCACCUUGUGUUGUCUACAGUAUGUUGUCUUCCUGGUCUGUCUGCUUUUUUUACUGUAUAUAAAUAAAAACAAAGAAUGAUU